AUGACUAUUGCUGCAUAUGCGUAUGAAGCUGACAGAGCUAAACGUUUAUAUUUUGGUCAAUACUCUCUCACACUUACUGACAAAUAUAUUGUUAUUUCUGAUGGAAAUACUGAGAAAUAUAUAACAUGGAAGGACUAUGAAAAGUUUGACCCUAUUUUAACUCCAUGUACUAUGCCAUUCAUUGUAAAUGGUGAAGUUGUCAUGAAGAACGACACAACAGUAUAUAGGUCUGUUUAUGAAGCAUUAGAAUAUAUGUUGAAUUAUAAUCCCGAAAGAUUUGACCCAAGCACUACGCCAUGUGCAAUGCCCUUUAUUAAGGAUGGUGAAAUCGUAAGGGUUCCGAAUUCAACGGUUUAUACUGCUGUUCAAAACAGUUUACAAAACAUUUUAGCGAAUAUCUUUAAUUCAGAAACUACAGAAAUAAAAUUACCGUAUAUAACAGAUGCUAAAGAAAUUAAAUCAAAAACAACAACAUUAUUUACGUCACUUAAUGAUUUAAUGACUUAUAUCAUUAAUAUUCCUGCACCAACUACAGCAUUUGAUCCAAACUCGACGGGUUGCAGUGUACCUUUCAUAAAUGACAGUUCAUUAAUUACUUUAAGGGAUUCGACAGUAAAUGAAUCAUUAAAGGCGUCAUUAAUGAAAAUCAUUGAUUUUAAUUCAUUCAUGAAUACAUAUAAUUCAUUCAUUAAUGUUUCAUAUGCUUCUAAAGAAGGUGAGCCAAAAACUAUCGAUAAAGCGGUGUAUGAAAUAAAAGCAUCAACGACGAAAUUGAAUUCGUUAACUUUUGACGGUGAUAGUUUCGUUAAUGACAUAACAUCGGGGAAAACAAUUUUAACGAAAGAAUACUUAAAAUCUCAUGUUAGUGAGUUCGUUGAAAUUGAAAAAAAGAUGGAAUUAAGUUCGAUCCACUGA